AGAGAGCCAAGACCAGGACGGUAACCACUGGCUGAAGCUCAUAGCCUUAUGAGGUCAUUUUCGCAUGAAUCACCAAGACUGAUAAAGAAUAAUUUACAUGUGUUGAUCAUCUUUCUAAAUCUGAAGAAUCUGAAGAAGAAUCUGUGCUGAAUUCGGCUGGGUAUGACAUAUCAGGACUAUCAACACGUGGAACAUCUCUCGGUUUUCAUUGGGAACUGCUCCGCUCCUUUCAGCAUCCAGCGGUAUCGACGGACUUGCCAUGAACUCCUGCAGAGCAGGGAGCCAUAAUGGCGAAACUUAAAGAGGAGCUCUGGAAAACUCUGCAGGACCUAAAAGAAGAGGAGUUUGAGAAUUUCAAGUGGUUCUUGGAGCAGGAUGGGCUCCUGGAGGGCUUGUCAGGCAUCCCAGUGUCUCAGCUGGAGAAGGCAAAAAGGCAGCACACUGUCGAUCUAAUGGUACAGAAAUAUCCAGGUUCUGGAGCUCUGAAGGUAACCUUGAAGAUUUUAGAAAACAUCCACAGGAAUGAUCUGAAGCAGCAUCUUCAAAACCUCCCCCUGGGACACAACAAUGGUGCUAAGAAAGAAGAGUAUAAGGGAGAGAAGCCCAAGCUCCAGUGGGUGCAGCAGUUUGCAGUGGAUGUGACUCUGGAUCCUGAUACAGCAAAUCCUCACCUCAUCCUGUCUGGUAACAGGAAACAAGUACGCCAUGGUGACGUGAGGAGGAAUCUGCCAAACAACCCUGAGAGAUUUUACAGAUGUGUGAACGUCUUAGGAAAGCAGAGUUUCUCUUCAGGAAAAUUUUACUUCCAGGUUCAGGUUGAGGGGAAGACUGCCUGGGAUUUGGGAGUAGCCAAAGAGUCGAUUGAGAGGAAAGUCCAGAUUACAGCAAGCCCACAGAAUGGCUACUGGGCUCUCAUGAUGAGGAAUGGAUGUGACUACGGGACGAUGGAUGGUAAGCCAGUCCUUCUCUCUCUGACAAAGAAUCCUAAAAAGGUGGGAGUGUUUGUGAACUAUGACGAGGGUCUGGUCUUCUUCUAUGACGUGGAUACUGCAGAUAUUCUCUACUUCUUCAGCGGCUGCUCCUUCACUGAGAAACUCUACCCAUUCUUCAGCCCCUGUACUAAUGAUGGUGGUACAAACUCUGCCCCUCUGAUCAUCUCUUCUGUCAAUGACCCACUGAGCCUUGAGACACGUGACACUGGUGAUCAAAAAGAAGAACAUGAAAAAAAGAAGGCUGAGGUGAAGAGCGCCCAGCAGUUUGCAGUGGAUGUGACUCUGGAUCCUGAUACAGCAAAUCCUCACCUCAUCCUGUCUCGUGAUGGGAAACAAGUGCGUCAUGGUGAUGUGAGGAAGAAACUACCGGACAACCCUGAGAGAUUUAAGAAAUGUGUGAGCAUCUUAGGGAAGCAAGGUUUCUCUUCAGGAAAAUUUUACUUUGAGGUUCAGGUUAAAGGGAAGACUGCCUGGGAUUUGGGGGUGGCAGAGCAGUCAAUCAAAAGGAAAAUCCAGAUCACAACAAGCCCUCAGCAUGGCUACUGGACUAUCGUGCUGAGAAAUGAAAAUGACUAUGAAGCUAUUGAUGAUGAUCCUGUCUGUCUGUCUCUGAAUCAGCCUCCUCAGAAAGUGGGAGUGUUUGUGGACAUUGAUGAGGGUCUGGUCUGCUUUUAUGAUGUAGAUUCUGCAGAUCUCCUCCACUCCUUCACUGGCUGCUAUUUUACUGAGAAACUCUACCCAUACUUCAGUCCCUGUACUAAUGAUGGUGGUGUAAACUCUGCCCCUCUGAUCAUCUCUCCUGUCAAUCAGGAGACAAAUGACACUGGUGACCAAAAAGAACUUGAAAGAAAAGCGCCUGAGCUGAAAAGCGUCCAACAGUUUGCAGUGGACGUGACUCUGGAUCCUGAUACAGCCCAUCCUCACCUCAUCCUGUCUGAUGAUGGGAAACAAGUACACCACAGUGAUGUGAGGAACAAACUACCGGACAAGCCCCAGAGAUUUACCAAAUAUGAAAGCAUUUUAGGAAAGCCGAGUCUCUCUUCAGGAAAAUAUUACUACGAGGUUCAGGUUAAAGAGAAGACUGCCUGGGAUUUGGGAGUGGCCAAUCAGGCAAUCAAGAAGAAAGUCCAGAUCUCAACAAACCCUGAGAAUGGCUUCUGGACUAUAAAGCUGAGGAAUCAAAAUGAGUAUGAAGCUAAUGAUGAUGAUCCUGUCCAGCUGUCUCUGAAGUCACAUCUUCAGAAGGUGGGAGUGUUUGUGGACUAUGAUGAGGGUCUGGUCUGCUUUUAUGAUGUAGAUUCUGCAGAUCUUAUCUACUCCUUCACUGGCUGCUAUUUUACUGGGAAACUCUACCCAUUCUUCAGUCCCUGUACUAAUGACGGUGGUGUAAACUCUGCCCCUCUGAUCAUCUCUUCUGUCAAUCACCCACUGAGCCAUAAGACACAUGACAUCAGUGAUGAGAAGGCAGAAUACAAAAGAAAGAAGGCUGAGCUGAAAAGGAUACAGCAGUUUGCAGUGGACGUGACUCUGGAUCCUGAUACAGCAAAUCCUCACCUCAUUCUGUCUGAUGAUGGGAAACAAGUACACCACAGUGAUGUGAAAAAGACAUUACCAAACAACCCUGAGAGAUUUUACAGUUUUGUGAACGUCUUAGGAAAGCAGAGUUUCUCUUCAGGAAAAUUUUACUACGAGGUUCAGGUUGAGGGAAAGACUGCCUGGGCUUUGGGAGUGGCCAAACAGUCGAUCAAGAGGAAACUCCAGAUCGCAGCAUGUCCACAGAAUGGUUUCUGGACCAUAAUGUUGACAAAUGAAGAUGUGUAUGAAGCCAAUGAUGAUGAUCCUGUCCAACUGUCUCUUAACCAUCCUCUUCAGAAGGUGGGAGUGUUUGUGGACUAUGAAGAGGAUCUGGUCUCCUUCUAUAACGUAGAUUCUGCAGAUCUUCUCUACUCCUUCACUGGCUGCUCCUUUACUGAGAAGCUCUACCCAUUCUUCAGUCCUUUCACUAAUGACGGCGGUGUAAACUCUGCCCCCCUCAUUAUCUCUCCUGUCAAUGAGCCACUGAGCCUUAACACAUGUGACUUUGGUGGUGAGAAAGGAGAACCUGAGAAAAAUAAGACUGAGCUGAAGAGUGUGGAGGAGCUCGCAGUGGAAAUGACGCCGGAUCAAGAUACUGCAUGUUCUAAUCUCAUCCUUUCUGGUGAUGGGAAACAAGUACACAAUGAUGAUGUGAGGGAGAAACUCCCAAGUAACUUUGUGAGGACCAUAUUUUGUUGCAAGUGUUGUCUCUCUCCAGCAGAGAAAGAGUAAAGUGUUAGUAGUAAAAAGGUGUAUCCCGGGACGAGGAGGCACUUGGUUCACUAGUUAUUAUGUUACUAUGUCGUUGGGUCUGCUCAGGGUGCAAAACUCAUCUCCUUUUUCUCCCAAACUGAGGCCUCACCUGCAUCCUAACCUUGAUAACAUGCAGCCUUUGCCAUGCAGAUGUCUUUGUUUUUUCUGGAGGUAAUAGAGAUGGGCUGUCCAAUGCUGUAAACCUUGUUAUGCCCUGUUUAUCUCAGUUAGGGAAAUCAGUGACUGUUAUUUGGUUUCUCUUAAUUUCCUCAGGUUAUAUGUUUUGCCUUUCUAUUUAGUUUUGGUUAGUUUUGUUGGCCUUUGCCCACCCUGAAGUUAAAUCAUGCUCUGCAUCAACAGUAUUUGUACUGACUGAAUGAAUGGAUGAACUUUAUUCAUAUAGCACCUUUCAUGCAUAGAAUGUAGCACAAAAUGUUUUACAACUCAGCAGCAAAGACAUAAAACCAUACACUUACACAAAACCCGUUCAAGGAGAAAUUAGAAAAAAAAAAACAUUAAUUUAUCAAUCAAUUUAGAAAAAUAUACAAAUAUUAAAACAGAUAACUUCUAGUUAUAAGCUUUAUUAAAAAGAUAUGUUUUGAGUCCUCAUUUAAAACUGUCCACUGAGCCAGCAUGUCUUAUAUUUAAAGGCGGGGUGUAUUUUGGGGGCGUAGUAGCUAAAAGAAGCAUCCCCAAAGGUUUUUGUCAUUUCUGACAUUAGGAACAGUUAAAAGAGCAGCUGUCGAGAAUCUCAGGGUUCGUGGAGGGACAUAAAAUGAUAGGAGUCUGUGAUAUAGGAGGGGGCAAGGCCAUUAAGAGCCUUAAAAAAAAAAAAAAAAAAAAAAAAGAUUUUAAAAAUCAAUUCUAAAAGAUACUGGGAGCUGGUGAUGGUCACGCAAAACAGGAGUUAUAUGGUCUCUCUUUUUAGUUUUUGUCAAAACCUGGCAGCAGCAGCAGUCUGAAUGCUCUGUGGUUUUGCAAUGGCAGUUUUAAAUAGGCCAGUGUAUAGAGUAUCACAAUAGUCAAGACAACCGGAAACAAGAGCAUGAACAAGCUUCUCAGCAUCUCACUGGCUCAGUAGAGGUCGUACCUUAGCUAUAUUGCGUAAAUGAUAAAAUACAGUUUUGGUUAAUGAAUUAAAAUGAGCUUUAAAAUCGAAAUCAGAAGCUAAAAUUAUGCUGAGGUUUCUUACUUGAGGUCAUCUCCGUGUGGCCAGAUGACCCAGUUUAGUGAGAACCGGAUCCCUUUUUAUUUUUUGGGCCAACUAGGAGGAUCUCAGUCUUAUCUUCAUUUAGCUUGAGGAAGUUCUGGCUCAUCCAUUCAUGAAUGGCUAACACAUGGUCAGAGUGUUUGGGUCAUCUGGCUUAACAUAGAGCUGUGUGCCAUCAGCAUAGCUGAGGAAACUCACACCAAACUGACGGAUGAUGGAUCCCAAUGACAAAACACAAUGUGACUCGUUAAUGUAUUACAAAUAUUAUUAAGAUUAAAGAAAAACUUCAAAGUUGCAAAUUUUAUUAUCAAAACUUAAUUUGGUGAGUUGCCGGUUUACAAACAAACAGAAGCAUGACAGCUUCUACCACAGUGAUGGCUGAAAUUAAAGGAUUUGCUUUUAAAACGAAGCUUCUUUACAUAUCACACACAGUGUCCUUUCCUCUGGACACCAGGAGGCUUUAAAUAAAUAUCACUUUGCAUUUAGAUAAUCUCUUCAAAGAAACCUUAAACCAUCUUUCAGAUAAGAUCAAAAUGGAUUUGUGCAAAUGGUCUACUCUAUUAUUAUCUCUAUUAGGAAGAAUAAAUGUUUUAAGAGUAAAUGUUCUCCUAACAUUUAAUUUUCAUGUUAUGUAUCUGCAGCAUUUUUAAAACUCUUAAAUAUAUUUUAAGAUAUAUGCCUUUGGACUCUCUUAUAUUUAUAAAGCAUCACUCAAUACAUGCAAAUUAACAAACAUGGUUAUAAAACAAUUCAAAGGUUUGCUUCACAAAAACAUGCAGUUAAAGUUGUUCAAUAAUCUAAUCUAGGUUGGUUUUAGAUUUAAAUACCUGGCAAAACAUUUGUAGGUAUACGUGGCUUAUUUACAAGUAGCAAAAUCAAAGAAAUUAAUUGUCGGGUUAUCCCUAAACUAUCUCACUCCUGUAAAUAUGCACACAAUUCAAAGAUUACUCACCAAACUGCCCUACAUGCAAAACUAAAGACGGAAAAUGUAUGCAUCUGUUUUAGCAGCGUGAUCUGCUGGAAAGUUUCACUUUAAGCUUCACUAACUCAGUUUUUGCUACUAAUUAAAUGCCUGAUUUUCAAUUUGUUUUAAAAAAAAAAAAAUCCGAGUAUUUUUGCAAUAACAUAAUUUGCUAAGAAAUGUAUACUUUGGAAAAUAUGGAAAAUAAAUCUUAAACUUUUUCAGCCAUUUCUGGACCAAAUAUCACAAUUUUUUACUUUAAGAUAGAUUAACUCUUAAAAGACAUGACUGUGGUUAUAUUUAUCUAUAGUCCUUUGGUUUCUGUCAUUUUUUUGUUUGGAAAACUGGUGACAAACUUUUCCAAAAGCAUUUCCUGAAGAAGGGACUGAUGCUAAUGGAAUUUUUUUUUUAAUGAUUUAUUACUAUGAUCAUUAUUAUUAAAUUAAAAGUAUCUGACUUUGUUAUGUUAAGCUGGGUAAUAGAGUACUAAACUUGUAACUAGAGAUAAAGGGAUGUGGUCUGUAAGAUCCAGGAACUUUCCAGGAGCCUUGGUGCUGUUCUUGCUUUAUGUUGUUUCUGUCUCCACACUUGGUUUACAGCAGAAUCUGAGCGAGCAUUCAGAGAAGAUUAACGAUGAAGCUAAAAAGGUUGAACAAACAGACGAGAGGUGGGGUUGGCUAGUACAGAUAUUGCUAACCAACAGGGUCUGAAGAGGGAACGUUGACUCUUGAAAUGAGCGAUAGUUUCCAACCGUCAUGUGAGGCGCGUCCUGCCUCUGUGGAUUGAUCUGUUAACUUUGUGCAUGUUCCACUCUUUAUCCUCUGCAAAUUUUAUCCACAUUAAGUUUGCCUUUGCAUUUACAGGAAUACAGUCUCAGUGCAAUGCUGAGAAGGAGAGAGAGGAAGGAUGACAGUGAAGUCACAUUUCGUCAUAUGUAGUAAAUCACUGCUAAAAUUCACGAGUGGUCUCAUGUUGAAACCUGCAGAAGGAAGUGAGAC